AUGGAGAUAAUGACAGAUCCGGUCACAAUCUCCACCGGCAUAUCCUACGACAGAAAAAACAUAGAAAAAUGGUUUUUUACAUACAAAAAAUCUAUCUGUCCAGCCACCAUGCAAAAGAUAACCAGUUUUGAUAUCACUCCAAAUCAUACCCUCAAGAGAUUAAUCCUCUCAUGGCCAAUUCUAAGUCCAAUCCCAUCACCGGAAAAGAAACAUCCGUCUUUGUUAGCAGCCGCCGGCGAGAUUUCUACCCUCUUGAUAUCACUUGAGUCGUCGCCUUUCAAAGGAACGAUUUUGAGGAAGAUUCGGUCGUUUCUCGAUAUGGGUUUUGAGAAAGUUAAGGUUGAAUUUGAAGAUGCUAAGGGGGUAGAAUCGUUGGUUAAGAUUGUUGUUCAAAUCUUGGAUGUUGAUGCAGGGGAGUUCUUGAUUUUCAGAGCGGCGGAGGAGGCAAUUGGAAUUCUUUAUGUUCUUUCUUGUUCUGGAAAAAUGGGUCUUGAAAAGGUUAGAGAUUCAACUGAUAUGAUUAAAGCAAUGGCGGUUUUGUUGCAAAGAGGGAGUAUGGAUGCGAGAUUUCAUGUCAUUUCAAUCUUUGGAGAUAUGUCAAAGGUGGGUGGUAAUCAAGAUUGGAGCUUUUUAAUGUUUAAUCAAUGUUCUGACUUGUUCAAAUCGAUAUUCGAUAUAAUCUCCGAUGAAAUUAACACAAAACCGGCUUCUUAUGCACUCGAGCUCAUGAUACACUUCUUCGCAUCUUCGAAAAAGAAUCGGAAGAAAGCGAUUGAGGCCGGAGCUAUCCCGGCCAUAAUUGAGCUUCUUCCGGAGGCAAGUCGAUCGAAAACAGAGAAACUUGUUCAUCUUAUUGAGUUGUCAUGUGAGUGUGCAGAAGGGCGAUUAGCGUUUGUUGAACAUGGGUUAGGGAUUGCGGUUAUGGCACAAAAAGUAAUCACGGGUGUGUUUGAUUUGGCCACGAAAAUGGCGGUUAGAAUUAUGUGGUUGGUUUGUAGUUGUGGACCUUCUAAGAGGGUUUUGGAUGAGAUGUUGGUUUCGGGUGCGGUAACAAAGUUGGUGACACUUUUGUCUGUUAAGGUCGGCGGUGGCGGUGGCGGCGGCGGCCGUUGCGGUGGCAGAGGUGGAGGAGGAUCGUCGACUAAGGAGACGGUGGUGAGGAUUUUGAAGUUGCAUGGUGAUGUAUGGAGGAGAUACCCAUGUGCGUUUAGUGAUAAUUUAGGGUUUAUUCAUGGAAAUUAA